AUGGCAUUAUGGCCCUAUGCUAGACGUCUAAAUGAAACGUACAAUAAUUGCACUAACGAUGCCCUUCAUGGCUAUGUUGUGGACCUAAUGAAUGAAAUCGCAAAUAUUGUCGGAUUUCAAUACAAACUGUAUCUCUCGCCGGACGGCAAGUAUGGGUCGGUUACCAACAGUAGUGCGAACGGUAUGAUUGGCGAGGUUUAUGAGGGCAGGGCCGACUUUGCGGUGGCGGACAUAACAGUGACCGACGAACGGGCAAAGUAUGUCGAAUUUACCCAACCAUUUAUAGACUACAACCCAUUGGCAGUACUUCUCCACAAAGAUUACGCCCAACACAUCAAGUCAUUUGCGGAGUUGGCCGCGUCUGACCUGCCGUAUGGCACUUAUCGCGGGGGUCGCGCCCAUCGGGCUUUCAACAAAUCAGACGACCCGGUCAUCAAACGUAUGUACAGCCAUAUGGAGAGCAAUCCGGACAAUAUGUACGCUACCUUUGGUGAUGUUUUGUACAAAUUGGCGAAUGGCAUGCGAUAUGGGUUUAUAACGGUGUCCACUACUGCCGAGUACUGGUCGGGCAUAUACUGUAACCUUACAUACGUUGUCGACCCCAACGGCUACUUUCCCAAUGUGUACGCCAUAGCUAUGCCUAAGGGAUCGGUGUAUAUCUCAAAGUUUAAUGAUGCCAUCAGACAACUUAAGAACCAGGGUGAAUUGGAUAGAAUUAAGGCUAAGAAUUGGCAGAAUUUUUGCAAUAAUAAUAAUGAAGCUAUCAACAUUUCAGCCAACACUUGGAUGAAGUACUGCGUUAAGAAUGACCAUGAAUUUGGCAAUGUGGAGAUUAAUCGACUCCACAAAAUUAAACUCGAAUAUCUCGAAAGGUACUUGGUCUGGAAAUUAAAUUGA